AUAACAGGAGAUCAACUCAUCAACUUCUGGUAAAGAACCUGAGCUGAAGAUGGGCAUCUCAAGUGCUCUAGAAUGGUGGGACGAGUGGCAACUGCGAAUCCUCGUUCUCUCGAGCCUCUUCGUCUACUACAUUCUCAACUUUUCUUUCACGGUGCGUCGUCUUCCCGAGCUUCGCAGGUUGAAAGUGGUCAUAUGGAUCGCUUACAUAGGCAGCGAUGCCCUGGCGAUCUACGCCCUGGCCACCCUCUUCAACCGGCACAAGGAGCAGACGACGACGACAACCUCCAGGGCACUGGAGGUCAUGUGGGUACCUGUCCUCCUCAUCCACCUCGGCGGCCAUCAGACGAUAAGUGCUUACAGCCUUGAAGACAAUGAGCUCUGGAAGCGGCAUGUAAUAACCUUUGUGUCUCAGGUCACGGUCGCGUUGUAUGUCUUCUGCAAGUGGUGGUCCGGUGAGAAGAGGUUACUCCAGGCGGCGGUCUUGCUAUUCGUCAUUGGCAUCCUCAAAUUCAGCCAGAAGCCAUGGGCCCUGAAGACAGCUUGCUUCAACAGCAUGCUGGACUCUGUUUGUGUGGACCUGAACCAAGGAACACGGGGGGAGGAGCAAGACCUUAGCCUUGAAAAAUAUGUAAGUAAAGCAAAGGAGUGUGUGUUGGAGGACAUAAAGGAAACAGCGCAGGCAGAAAAACUCAGUGACAUCACUGAGAUUAUCAAUAGGGAGCGAAGUAUCACUGAUUACACCAAAAACAUGUUCAUCGACAUGUCUGCUCCAUACCCUGUUCGGCUUAGCGAGCUACGAUCCUUCAUGCAGCUCGAUGAGGACAAUGCUCAUAACAGGUUGCAGCAUUGCCUCGCAAUAAUAUUUGGGCUCCUAUACAGCAGAAUGGGGUCAGCUAUGACCCCUCUUGGUAUCUUGUUAUCGAUUCCGAUUCCAUCCAUCACCAUUGCAUCUGUGGUGCUUUUGGCCAAGAGCAGCAUGGAUGGUUACCCCAAGAACGAUGUUAGGGUGACGUACAUCCUCUACUGGGGCAACGCUAUCAUGGAGUUCUUGCCUUUAUUCUUGACCUACCUGUACCUGCCUUUCAAAUGUUGCCGCCCAAUGUUCUCAGGCAGAUGGCAUGACAUGGUUUCCCAGUGCAGCCUCAUGUCCUUCUCUGCUCGCGAGAGGAAGCCCACCAUCCUGAUGAAGCUUGCUAUCUUCAGCUCUCUCAGAGAAUACCUGAACAUGCACUGGUACAUUAAGCAGGAGCCAGAGGCACGCCAGAUUACUGGCCUGGUUCGCCAGCACGUGAAAGAUGGGUGGAAGCAAGAUAUCAAAGACGCCGAUGGAUAUAUGAGAUUCAACAACAUGAGUACAUUUGAUACUCAGCUGGGGCAUCUUGGGUGGAGCUCCAGUGUGCCAUUUGACCAUAGCGUCCUUCUCUGGCACAUGGCUACGGACCUCUGCUUUUACUACCCAGUAGAGUUCCCUCAAGGAGAACAGGAAGAGGAGGAAACUCGACAGAGAAGCAGAAGCAGCAGAGUGAUAUCCAACUACACAUGGUCUACCUCCUCUCCGCCCGUCCUGAGAUGCUAA